GGAGAAUUGGACCGGGAAUUUCUCAAGUGACCGCCUGGACCCUUUCUUGGCCGCGGAUGCCCACCCACCACCGCUUAUCCCCCCUUCGUCCCUCCCCAGCACCGCCGCGGCUGAUGAAAAGCCCCGACGACCCCUCAGGCUUCUGGUUUUUGGAUGCGGGCGUGCUAACGGCCAGCUAGUCGCGCCCAGCUUGCGCCAAUGGAAGAUGCAAGCGACAGCAAAGGCGUGGCACUCUCGCUGGACAAUAAUGAGCAGCUCUCGGGCCGAGUGCGCUCGGGAAGCGCAAGCAGCGGACACAAGCGCAGCUCCUCAGGCUCGCUGCUGUCGCGUCUUUCCUUUCUCAGAAUGAUUCAAGCGACCCAGAAUACCCCGGAACGAAGCCAUUCGGGCAUCGAGCCCGAUGACGGCGGCGAUUUUGGCUCCGGCUUGCGAGGAGGAAGGGCCAUGUCGAAUGCGAUCCAACAACACCGACGAACGCGCAGGAGAAGGGGCUCUCUACGAAAGACCGCUUUGCUAGGCACACGGCUCGAUUAUCGGGACAAGAAGCAGGCCAGGCUACCAGCAGAUGUUCUACGGACCGACCUCAACGGACAACCACAACGACCAGGCCCUUCUCCCCUCCCCUCCGAUCCUCAAAUACGCCCCUUCGUCGAUACAACCUCCCCUGAUAGCGAAACCAUCACCCAGCAAAGCCCGAACCAACAAGACCGUGGAGGAAACAGUACGUGGACACUCAUGGAUGCACCACAACGGACCCGGAAUGCGGCUGCUUCGCAUCGUCAGCAGAAUCAAUCUAAAGAAAGCAUCCUCGGCGAUGAGAUGAUGAUCACCGACGAUGAAGACCUCAUCUCCUUCACUCGCUCCAAUAGCCCGAACACUGCCAUUGCUGCCGCUGCGACGACCGCCGGGCUCCACCUCCCCACUGCCUCGUCCAGCUCCGAUUCGUACUACGCCUUACAGGCCGAUUCGACAUACCGACCCAUCCACCGUGCCAAAUCGCCGUUAGCAACACACUCCGUCGACAUUGCCAGUACCUCCGAGAUCACAUGGGACUACUCGGAGACGGAAUGGUGGGGCUGGAUCAUACUGAUUGUGACAUGGCUGGUUUUCGUGGUCGGGAUGGGGAGUUGCUUUGGUGUAUGGAGCUGGGCGUGGGAUGUCGGUGAGACACCUUACGCGCCUCCGGAGCUCGAAGACGACCCGACGUUACCAAUUGUCGGGUACUAUCCUGCGUUGAUUGUGUUAACGGCCGUGAUGUCGUGGGUAUGGGUGGUUGUUGCAUGGGUUGGGAUGAAGUAUUUCAAGCAUGCUAAUAUAUCCGGGGAAGAUAUAUGAAUGCUUUGUUUUUGUUCUUUUCGACGAAUCUUCUUUCUCUGUUAUGUAGCUGCGCGCUACAUAUCCCCUUUUUCCUUUGGUUCUGUGUAUAUAUGGUUUAGCGGGUCGGGAUGGAGUUUGAGUCUCGAUAUCGUGGUAAUAAAUAAUUUACUGGCUAGGAAGAAAAAGAGGAUUAUAAUAA